AUGUCUGCUCCCGCGACCGAAACGCCCACCUCGCUGGCCGCCAUCGCCAAGAGCGUCCUCAGCGGUGACACGAUCGUCUUGCGCGGCAAGGUCGUGCAACCCAACGCCCUUCCACGUGAGAAGGUUCUCCACCUCGCCGACCUGACUGCGCCGCGCCUCGGUUCCCGCGACCGCGAGGACGAGCCCUGGGCUUUCGAGUCGCGCGACUUCCUCCGCUCGCUCGUCGUAGGCAAGGAAGUCUCGUUCAGCAUCUCGUACACGGUUCCCUCCGCCUCGAACCCCUCGCAGCCUCUCGAGUUCGGCAUCGUCUAUGUCAUCAACCCGACAGAUGGCAGCGAGCUCGACGUCGCAGCCGAACUCGUCCGCAGCGGAUGGGCCAAAGUUCGCGACAGCUCGAAGCGCGACCAGGCUCACGGCGACAACGAGGACGGCCAGGCUGUUGCGCAGCGCCGUGCGUACCUCCGCGACCUCGAGGAGGAGGCCAAGAUCGUCGGCAGGGGACUGUGGAGUUCGGACAGGGCGCCGCAGCGCCAAGUCGACUACAUGAUGCCCGAGGACCCGGUCGCCUUCCUCCAGCAGUACAAGGGCAAGUCGCUGGAUGCCAUCGUCGAGGGUGUCACCAACGGCUCGCAGGUCCGCGUUCGCCUCCUCCUGUCGCCGGAGCACCACCAGAUGAUCAACCUCGGUAUCGCCGGCAUCCGCGCACCUCGCUCGGGCAACCUGUCUGGCCGCGAGGAGCUGCAAGGCGAGGAGCUCGGAGACGAGAGUCGCUUCUUUGUCGAGUCCCGUCUCCUGCAGCGCCUCAUCAAGGUCACCAUCCUCAGCUUGCCUACGCCCACGCCUGCACCCGCCUCGCUCAGCAACGGAUCCGCCUCUUCAGCCUCUCAGCAGCCUCAGCAAGUCUCCCUGUUCCUCGGCACGGUCCACCACCCGGCGGGCAACAUUGCGGCACUCCUCAUGAGCGUCGGACUCGCCCGCAUCGUCGACUGGCACGCUGGCUUCCUCGCCUCUUCGCCGACGCCCAACAUGAUGUCCGAGCUGCGCCGCGGCGAGCUUGAGGCCAAGGCGAACCGCCGGGGCCUCUUCAAGGACGCUGUCAUGCCCGCGACGAACGGCGCUGGCUCGUCUGCCGCCAAGGGCUUCACGGCUAUCGUUAUGCGCGUCUGGGGCGCCGACAUGCUCAGCAUUGUCAAGGAAGGCGAAGCGACCGAACGUCGCGUGCAGCUCGCAUCCGUCCGCCAGCCUCGCCCGUCCGACGCCAAGCUCGCCGGCCUCCAGCUCGAGGGCAAGGAGAUGCUCCGCAAGAAGCUCAUCGGCAAGCCCGUCAACGUCGUUAUUGACUAUGUCAAGCCUGCCGAGGGCGACUACGAGGAGCGCGAAUGCGCGACCGUCCGCCUGCCGAACGGCCAGAACGUCGCCGAGGUCCUCGUCGAGCGCGGCUUGCUCGGCGUCCUCCGCCACAGGCAGGGCGACGACCAGCGCUCGUCCGACUACGAUCGCCUCAUGGCUGCCGAAGCGCGUGCGAUCGACGACAAGCGUGGCAUUCACUCGGGCAAGGAGUUCCCUGCGCCCAGGAUCGUCGACGCGAGCGAGUCGGCGCACAAGGCUGCGCCGUUCCUGAGCCAGUUCAAGCGCAUGGGCCGGUUCCCUGCUGUCGUCGACUAUGUCGCAUCCGGCAGUCGCUUCAAGAUCUGGGUUCCCAAGCAAGACGCCAAGCUCACGCUCGUCCUCUCGCACAUCCGUGCUCCUCGUACCGCUCGCAACGCAAACGAGAAGAGCGAGCCCUACGGUGCAGAGGCUGCGACCUUCUCGUCGAGGCGGCUCUUGCAGCGCGACGUCGAGGUGCAGGUCGAGGCAACCGACAAGAGUGGCGGCUUCAUCGGCAGGCUCUUCCACAACGGUCAGGACGUCGCGGCUGCUCUCGUCCGCGAAGGUCUCGCCCGCGUUGACGAGUACUCGAACGCCAAGGAGCUCUGGACUGCGCAGGAGGAGGCGCAGAAGGCUCGCAAGAACCUCUGGUCCAACUACGACCCCGAGGCCGAGGCUCUCGCAAACGGCGACGCGGCCGCUGCUGGACAGUCUGUGCAGCCCAGGAAGGAGUACGUCGACGUAGUCGUCAGCGAGGUUCGGGGCGGAACGGAGACCGAGCCUUUCAGGUUCGCGGUGCAGAUCCUGCAGAACGGCGGCAUUCCCGAGCUCGAGAAGCUCAUGUCGGACCUGACCGUCUUCCACAAGGAGGCCGACGUUACGCCCGCCGGCUUCACUCCUCGCUCUGGCGAGCUCGUCUCGGCGCAGUUCUCCGUUGACAACGCGUGGUACCGUGCCAAGGUCCGCAAGAGCAACCCAGCGAAGAAGCAGGCGGAGGUUCUCUACAUCGACUACGGCAACGUCGAAGUCCUGCCCUUCUCUCGUCUCCGCCCUCUCGCCGCGCAGUUCAAGUCGCUCGAAGGCCAAGCAAAGGAGGCUACGCUGUCCUUCGUCUCGCUUCUCGACUGGCGCACAGACUACGGUGCCGACUCGAUUGAGCGCUUCCGGGAGAUCUGCGAGGGCCAGCAGCUCGUCGCCAACAUUGACGCGCGCGAAGCCAACCUCCUGCACCUCUCGCUUUUCGACCCGAACGACCCCCACUCGCUCUCCGCCAACGAGAACUCGAUCAACGUCCAGCUCGUCCGCGAAGGUCUCGCACGCAUCGACCAGCGAUCGCGCCUCCGCGCAGCAUACCCGCAGGUCGUCAAGGCCCUGGAGGCUGCGAAGGACGAAGCGCGAAGGCGCCGUCUCGGAGCGUACGAGAUGGGAGACAUCCUUGAGGAUUAG